AUGGGACAUCCCUCAUCGUCGCUGGUUCCUCAUCCAAUUAUAAGACAAUUGAGCGGCUGGCAGCCGCGCGACGACAAUCGACUUCUGGUCGGCUCAUUGGCAGCUUUGAACUGAGCUUUUGUCUGCUUCUGUACUUUAGUUUUUUUAUUUGACCUUUUCUUAUUCUUUGGAUAGGAAAAUAAGAUUAAUAGAGCUUAUUUUGCGCUAAAAUAUGCAACUCUUUUUUUCUAUUUCCGAUCAGUAUUUUGAAAAUUUCGAGUGUGAAAAAACUGAGAAAAAACAAAACAUUUUCAAAAAUCCUUAAACAUUCCCGGAAGAGUUGUCACGGAAGUUUUUGGAGUCUCUUCGCGUUAAAAACAGGUAGAAACUGGAAAAAUCCAGUAGGAUUGAGAAUCCGUUUUUUUGAAACCUUACAGUGUCCUUCAUUAUUGCCCGGAAUCUCACAGGGCUUUUUUCAGUAUAUUUAUGACAAUCGGAUCAAGAUUUGAUUUCAUUUUCUUGAUUUUCAAUUUCUUUUUUCAUUGUGAAAAUGACUGGGAAAAAGUUCAAAAACGGCUGGUUUGGAUGCGAAAACCCUUAACCACUUUUAAUGCCAUUCUCGAACUUAUGAGUUUUAUGAUUACUGAUUUGGUUAUCAUUUCCGCAUUAUUUAAAUAAAUCUCGACAAGCGAGCACUUAUCCGUAGGGCAGCUUCGCCCGUGGAACGUUACACUUGUUGUCAUCUCGUUAACGCCAUGUUUGCGAUUGUGUUGAUGUGUCGUGGGUCCAACAACUCGCGCAUAUCGCAUAUCCAAAAGCUCCCCCGCUCUGAGCUCCAAUACGCGCUCUCGAAGCCAGACGACCACUCCACCUUGCAACAUUUCUCUACGCCCUUUUUCGUGUGUCUUUUAUUCUUUUUUUUUCGAAUUUCAUUCAGAAAAUUCAUCCAGAACCAUUUUUUGUUUCUAUCUUUUUAUUGAAUCCAUUCUUCGUUGGCUGAAAAGCCAGCUCUGGGAAUUUCGAAAGCGGUUUCCAAUAAACACAAAGACAUUUAUCUUUCGAAUUGUAGUUUUUCCUCUUUUUCUGAAAACAAGACCAAAAUGGAAAAAGAAAAGUUGCAGGGAAAACAUUGGAAAUUGCUUACUAUUUUUCACUUUGUUACGAUUUAUUCUUUCGAGCGUUCGUUUCUCUCAAUGAACUCCGCUUAGAGCGGCAAUCAUUGAUGAAUGAGUUUUACAGCGAUUGACCGACAUGCGGAUCUUGCUGCUUCUGCUCGCGAUCAGCCGAUUUGCCGCAGCCGACGAAACAAGCGUCUUAGCUAGUCAAGUACGUUUCCAGGGUCUGUAUAUGAUAAAAAUGCUCGAGAAGUAUCAAUAGAUCAUCAAUAUUGUUUGUGGUUUUUCUGGUAAAAUAUUUGAGCCCCCUUGAACAAAAAUUUUUCAAAAAAAGUGUUUUUUUCAGGUCAGUGAUUUCCAGAUAAAAAAAGAAAUCUAAAAAAAGUUAACUUCCUUACGCCAAAAAAAUAAUCUGACUUUGGAUUAUAAAAGGAAAAUUAUCAUUUUUUUCCAAUCUUUAAUGUUUCCCAGUUGAAGAGAUCAUCACAGUCUCUUUAGUCGAGUUUUUGAAAAAUUUGAGAGAAUGUGAAAAAAAUUUUUAGAAGGCCGGAUUUUUAUACAAAAAAAUUGAGUGGUUAUAGCUCAAAAAAAUUUUUCUAAAAAAACUGAACGAAGAAUUUUUUUCUGAAAAAAAUUCUUUUUGUUUUUUUCCUGUUAAGUACGUUUCCGGAAGGUUACGAGGAGCCACACGGCGCCAGGAAAUGUGCACCUGUCUUGGCGGGAUAAGCCUAAUAGAGUGCCCUCGAUCAUCAUAAGAACACGCUUGAGCGAACUGACACAUUGUCAAGAAUUAUGGCCUCUGAGAGCUUCUAUUUGCGGAUCUUCUGAGGUUAAGCUGUGCCAGGAGAUCUGAAGGUGACAAUCAAAAAUUUCGUUCGAAUAUUGCUCUGUUCUGUUUUUUUUUUCAUUCAUUCAGAAGAUAUUAAAUUAAAGUUUGAGAGGACUUUUUUUUGUGAAACUUGAAAAUAAUUCUCGCGAAAUCACCAACUACUCUAAAUUAUUCAAAAAAAGUUCUCUUCAGAGAAAAAUUCGACAAGUUUGACCAUUCUAGUCAGCUGAGCGAAUCAGAAUGUACUUUAGUCCAGUUUUUGAAUUGGAAUCAACAAUAAAUAUUUGAAAUGCACUCUUUUAUUGUAAAUUGCCGGUUGCCAAAAGGUGUGAAUUGACGUGUGAUUUUGAAUGACAGCAGCAUCCAUCCUUUAAUGGACCCAUCGUCAGAGAGUUUUUGGCGUUUGAAGUGCGGAGAGAAAAUCGCUCUCAAAGGUUGCUUUUGCAUUUUCCCAGCAAAGCGGCAGGCCGCCGCCUUUCAUGAAUCCCCCGACGCCGGCCACGAGCUCCAAUCAAAACGCCAUGAUUCAAUUGACCAAUUUCUUAAGGCCUCUAAAAGUGAAAAUAACUUGGGAAUUUCGAUAACCUGCUGAGCAGAAAAAAAUUUUACAAAUAAAAAGUUUUCAUAAAAAUGAAAAUUUUCAUUUUUUCAAGUUCAAAAAAGAAAUUAAAUUAAUAAAGCUCUUGCUGAAAAACUUUGCAAUAUAAGUAUAUUUUUUUGGUUACUACAAAAAACUGUUUUUUUAAAGCUUCAGUACUUCUUGAAAUAAUAAUCCUUGCUGAAAGAGCAAAAGCUGUUGGAAUUUGAGCAUUUGGAGUCCAUUGGAAGCAUUUCUCCUGGACCUUUGUUUGUUUUGAACAAAGCAUUUUCUGCCAAUAUCGAAUCAUCCAAAAGGGAAAAGAUGCUCUCGUUCACACCUUUGAUCGAACCGCCGGAAAAUCGAAUCAACUCGCGUUUUCAGUGCAACUACGCCGGGCUCGUUAAGUGCUUCAUCAACAUCCUGGAUGAAUGGGCUUGGACCCUGUAUGAGCUGAAAGACAACGUAGUGACUAUCCAGCCGGAGCAAUGCGACCAACUCAGAGAACUCGAAAAGUGCAUAAAGGUCAGUUCAAGUUCAUUUUCAGAUCAUUUCUCUUUAUGAUUAUAAGAUUGAAAAUUAACAUUUAUUCGAACUGACAGAUAAUGUAAUUUGCCAAUAACAGGCUUUUUGCAAAAAAACUCUCUAUUGAGAGUCCGACAAUUCGAUUUGAACGUGAGCCCUGUCAUUACUCGGAAGGCAAAAACAAACCAUCGGUCUAUCAUUAGCUGCCGCGUAACGAUCUGAUUAGUGGCAUGUGCCCAGGGAAAUUUGGGGUUCUUCUGAAGCCGAAUGAAGCCAGUUGCAAUUUUAGAACUUAGUGUAAAAAAAAUUGUUUGGGUUUUUUUUCAAAAAAAUGAAAUUCAUUCAAGAAAACUAUUUGAAAAAAGUUUGCUAAAAGGAACUGCUAGAAAAUGUUUGAAAGACAUUUAUUAAUCUCGAAUCCCAAAGGUAUAACUCAUCAUUUUUUCACUAUGUCUUGAAAACUUCCGGCUUUUUAUGGUUCCAAGUAUUCAGGUAGCUUUGAUAGCUUUUUUUUGAGACUUUCAGAAAUAAUCCUUCAAAGUAAUCUCACUUAGAAUAUGUCGGCAUCCUUUUCAAAACUGAAAAAAUGCUUUAAAGCUCGAUAUAAAACAUCUUCUGCGGCGCCUUCAAAAGCUACUUAGAAUGCAUGGAUGACCGGAAUCUCAGUAAUUUUCCACGUUUUGCGUACAGUUCAUCGGAAGACGAAUCAGAGCCGCCCAGAAGCUCAUUUGCAUACAAAAGGCGGCAGGCAAUCGGCUUUGGCCUCGGCGCAAAACAAUACAGUCUGUGAAUUUCCCAUAAGCUAGCCUCAUUAUGGUCGGCUGCUCACAGAUCUUGACGAUUCGAGGGAAAAUGCUUGUGUCCCACGGGGUUUAGUCAUGAACCAUUGGAAAUAAAUUGGCUUGGCGUCGAGUUCAAGUGUCGAUCUGUCUUUUGUGUCCUUGGGUCACUCGUCCGAUCUUAGUACCUUAGUCAAGUCUGAGAGCCCCCACCGGCUGUCACCAUUGUCCUGUGCCCAAAACAAGUUAUUUUCACUUGAGCAAGAAGAAAAGCAAAAACAAGCCCAUCUUUUAAUGAAGCUGAGAAAGGCUUCUUAGACGCCGAUUGGAUUUCGUAAUAAUUCAAAAUGUGCAUAACUUCGAUCAAAAGAAAAACCAAAUUCAUUUUUUUCUCGCACAGAAUUUCGAAGCAAAGACUAUGUUUGUUUGUUUGAAAAAAAAAACUGAAGAGAAGCUCAUCGAUUUGCAAAGUUUUUGCACCCGGCAGCUGUGUGUCGCGUAUUCAUGCAAGCUCUCGACCCGACGUGCUUUAAAAGGGAAGGCGCCGUUUCUCACGAGUUAUUUUGGCCAGCAAUUUGGACCUUCUCGGCAAGUUGCAAGGAAAAAGACUUGUCGUCCUCAGGCCAAUUAUGCAAAUUCUUCAUAAACACUUUUGGCGGAGGCGUGCAUAGAGAUGUGCUAGGCGUCGACGAUGAACUCCAUUGGCUGGCUAUAGUUGUUAGCGGAAGGCGCGACUGACCAGCUUUUUGAAAUAUUCAACCAAAAAUUCAACGAGGGCAAUUAGGGGAAGGUAAACAAACUUUUUUGUGAACCUCUCAAUUUUACUACUUGAGGGUGGAAAUGAGUUGCUCAGGGCUCAGACUUCAAGUUCAGAGCGCAAAGGCACAUAAACUUUUGGAAAAGUUGUUUGAAAAUUGUCAUAGCGUCUCCAAACCGUUUGUUUACGUUAUUAAGGGCUUCUUCAUCCGAAUAUUUUGCUUCUUGAUUGAUUUCCAUUGGGUCAAACGACUGUUGAAUCUUGAAAAGGUCAAACUAUCAGAGUUUGCAGUUUACAAGAGAAGAGGAAGUGUUGUAAAAAAUAUUAAUUUUAUUUUUUUAUGGAUCAAUUUGUAAAUUCAAUCUUCAUGAUAACUUAAUGAUAGGGUUUUGCCCGGUAUUUUUUGGAAAUGUUCUCAACUUAGGUUGGAAAAAAUUUCAAUGGAUUUGACUUGAAGUACAAAAUCUGUUAUUUGAUUCCUUUUUUUCGACUAAACAUUAUCAACAUACCUCAACUGACAAUAUAAAAAAAAGAGAAUUGUUUAGUUUUUCAAUUUUUUAGUCUGUAAAAUCUCCUAAAAAUAGCCUCUGUAAGUUGGAGUCGCCUAUCGAAAAGCUCUGCACGGAUCUCGGAGGCAAUUGAAUUAUCCUGGUUUGCGAAUGAUAGGAACGUCUGUUCUGCCGCCGACGUCCUCAGGGGAAAUGUCAUAUUGGCACAUUAGCCGAGUUGGAUGGACAUCGGGGCUUGCCGAGAAAGUACACAUGUGGGGAGUGAGAAACGUCCAUUUCCGUCGCAUCAACUGAAAUCAGAAUUAUAAUUUCAGUCCAUCUGGCAGUUUCCGUUUCUUAGGAUUUGUUGAGAAAACAUUGAGGAACCGCACCCGUUCAACGAGACACUUGGGCAUAUGGCGAGAAAUUGCUCCUACCAAAGAUUUCGAACAAGCUUGGCACGCAAUCUUAGCCCACCUAUUGACACCCAAUGAAUUGGUUUCCCAGGCGGAAUUGCUAGGCGUUUAAUGCAUAGGGACGUUAGUCGCAAAACUUGCAAGCUUAACAUUUCAGACAAGAAAAAUGGUCAAGGAAUGUACGUCUGAAGGGAUUUUGCUUUGUUAACUUCUUUUCAGAUUUUUUUAGAAAUAUUUCAUUCUUUUUACUUUCAAAAAUCGGAAAAGUAUGUGAAGUUCAAGAAAGUGCAAAUAAAUUUAGUAAGGUUAAACUUAAAUGAAAAACGUGUGAGUACAUUUUCAAAGCUCAUGAAAUUUCAAUACUUGAAAAAAAUAGGUGAAAAGAAGCUGGAGGAGAACUAAAAGAGAGAUCCUGAAAAAAAAAGAAAUUCAUUGUUUUCCGGGAAUUGGCUUUCAAAAAUAAAAACUAAAAAUUUUCAGGACGAGCUACCGGAACAGCAUAAAUGUACGCACAGCGAAAUCGUCGAAGUUUCAAACACCGUUUCUGACCUUCUUACUCAUCGCAAGGACUCUGGAUCUUUCCUCAGGGUAUAUAUUCAAAAACUUUGAAUUUUUUUAUCUGAAAAAUCCUUUUCCAGAGCUACUACCUUCUCCAGUACUCAUGCUCCGAAGACGGACAGAAGAUCCUUUCGAAGCACCGAACCUGUCUGAAAACAGUGAGCUCUUCGCAGUUUAACACGACCGUUGACCCAAUUAUACCGAUCAUAAAGCUUGUCAAAUGACGCGAGCCUCAUAAAAGUAUUCCGCCACUUGUCGGCCCCAAUAACUAUUGUAAUCAACAUAUGCGCCACCUCAUCGCACAGCAUAAGUUCUCGAAAAAUCUCUGGGCUUUUUUUAUUGAAGUUUUGAGGGCGAUUCGGUAAAACUAUGGAAAAAUAAUGGAGAAAACUGAUUUGAAGUUAAUUUGACUAUAUUUUGGUAAUGACUGAAUUUUUGUUUGAAAAAAUUUCCAUCAUAUGGUUUUUAAAAGCCGAAACACAAAAUAAGCUAAAAUAACAGUGAAGUCAUUUCAGCCACGUUUAUUUUUUUGUUCCAGAAUCCCAAACUUUUUAAAAAAAUGUAAAAAAAGAAUUGAAAAAAACUCUAUGUCUUGUUUUUUUCUACUCGUUUAGAUUUUUUUCACUGUUCUAAAAAUAAUUCCAAACUUCGAAAAAUAAUUCUGAAUACUGUAAAGUUUUAAUAGUACCCACAGAUUAAGAACACCAGUUGGAUCGAGAAAAAUAGAACUCCAAGGCUUCGAAUUUUUUGAAAUACAUGAAAAACACAUUUUCAGGAAAAAAUCGGAGAGAUGACUUUAUCCGCUGGUACCUACUUAAGCGAGAAGUUUUUGGAGCACGAGGAUUCCAAAGUCUGCGAGAACGUGAGUACCGCUUCGCCAAAACCGAAUUUAAAAACUAUUUGAAGGUCAACACGAAGCUUCAAGAAUACAUCAAAGCAAUGGACGGGAUUUGCAGCAAAAAUGAGGCGGCUCAGUUGAUGUGCCAGUCUUUGAAGGACAUGUUCACGGUUGGUUUUUUUCAGAAAAAUUUUUUUAAUAAAUUUUAUUAAUUUAGGGAAUGCACGCUGAAAAAGUUGGACCAAUGCGUAUUGGAGUGCAAUAUUCCUGAGGAUUCUACCGAAGAAGAGGACAAUACUUUGGUGUGUUUUUCAGAAUGAUUUUUUUUCAAAAUGCAAUUCUUCUACUAUAAAAUCUUCUAUUUUCUCAGUAACAGGAAACUCUUGAUGAUCGUUUGCUUUAUUUUUUUUCAGAGUAUUCGCGAAAUUUCCGGCAUCAACAUUUAUUACCAUCAUUUUUAGUGAAGCUUUUGACUUUUUAGAGCUGAAUAUAAGACCGAGAAAUAAUUUCGAACGACCGAAAGUUAUGUCUUGAUUAUGAAUCAAAAAUUAGUUCACAGACUUUUCUGUCACAAAAUGUGAGAAGUAUUCAGAAAUAAUUUCGUAGUAUGUGCGACCCUCGCAGAAAUUUGUUACUCCUGAAAAAAUUGUCUAGAAGUCGUAGAAAUGAACUUCAAUGUAUCCCCAUAACCAUUAAAGUUUUCAAACUGACUAUUUUAAACAUCGCAUUUAGCAAAAGCCAGCAAUCAGUUCAUCAUAAAUUUAUAAAUUCCUGAAACUCAUAAUUUUGCAUGAGAAGACUGAUGUAAUGGUCAAUAAGACAUAGAAGAAUUUAAUAAACCCAAACUUCUAACUAAAUUUUUGAAAAGAAACAUCUUGCAAAAGUUUCAAAGACUGAUUUGAAGUCAUGUCACCCUGAAAAUUGCAGGCCGACUCAUCGGAUGCCGAGACGGUGCAACAGGCUUCCGAACACGACGCCCUGCGACCCGCCGACGCGGCUGCGUCGUCGCUCUCGACGUGGAAUUUGCCUCUUAUUGCCAUGCUCCUCCCGCUUCUUAGAUAG